CGCUGAGGCCGGGCGGCCCCAUUGUGCGGCGCUGAGGGAAACGCCGCGGCCUUUCCUGGCGGGGAUGGAGGAGGGCGGCGGGGCGGCAGCGGCGGCCCUGGGGGCACCCGCCGGCCUCUCGGCCUCCCAGCGCCGAGCCGAGCUGCGGCGGAGGAAGCUGCUGAUGAACUCGGAGGAGCGGAUCAACCGCAUCAUGGGCUUCCACCGGCCCGCGGCGGGCAAGGAUGAUGAAAGUCACACAGAAUCAAAGCUUCAUCACGAACAAGAUAAAUCAAACUCCCUUCCCAUUCCUUCCGUUUCCAAGCGAAUUGUGCUUGGUGAUUCUGUCUGUAACAUGGCAGGCACGGCUGACCAUGCAGGCAGCAUGUUAGACCUCAAAGGGGAUAAGGACUUGUUCAGUAAAACUCCAGAGCUUGUCAAUGAGGGUACAAGUGAACUGCGUCACCGUAACAGAGGGGAACUGCCAUCUGAAGCUGCACCACGGCCACCUAGACAUGGAUUAGACCAGUACUUAUCCAGGUUUGAUGAAGCUCUGAAGCUGAGGAACCAGCUGAUGCAUGAGAAGCCAAGCCAAGAGAAUGGGAAUGCAGUGGAGGAGUUUGACUCUUUCCGCAUUUUUAGAUUGGUGGGAUGUGCUUUGCUCGCCAUCGCAGUCAGGGCUUUUGUGUGCAAGUACCUGUCAAUAUUUGCACCAUUUCUUACUCUACAACUUGCUUACAUGGGACUGUCCAAGUACUUUCCAAAGUGUGAGAAGAAGGUGAAAACGACAGUAUUAACUGCAGCUCUUUUACUGUCUGGAAUCCCUGCAGAAGUGAUUAGUCGCUCCAUGGACACCUACAGCAAAAUGGGAGAUGUUUUCACAGACCUUUGUGUCUAUUUCUUUACUUUUAUCUUUUGUCAUGAACUUAUCCUGGUUUUUGGUUCUGAAGUACCAUGAUGUCUGUAGAAUUCAACACAGUUACACUAAAGCUUUCUGGACUAUAUAUCCUUUAGCAUCUGACUGGGCAGACAGGUUUAAACCUUCAUUAAAAUUCUUACCUGUUCAAAUGCUUGAAAGGAGCCUUAAAUUCAGUGAGUUUGGGAAAGGAAGAGCAGAGUCCCAGACUGCCAGUUGUUGGUUCAGUUUAUUUAAAUACUGUGUCUACCUAUUACAAAUGUGAAGAAUAGGAUGCAAGUGUCAGUGGAUGAUUUAUUUGGUCUAGAUGAUGCCCUUCUCAGCCUCCUUCAUAAACAUCUACAAAGCUGCCUUUGUUCUUUUCAGUGAGAACAAAGAUAAGAGACUUCCUAUCAGCAGAACCAUAUAUAUAUAUACAUAUAUCCAGUAUGACUAUAGCUGACAAGAACUGCUCGUUUUGUGAUGUUCCCAUUUUUUAAAGAAAGCUCUACAUAAAAGAAAUCCUUGUAUUCUGUUUAAAUUCAGAAUGUUGAACAAAGUAGCUGCUUCUGGAGAAUGUUGGUGAAACAUGCCACUGUUGUCCUAACGCUUGCCUUGCUAUACAUUAUUUGUUGUGAUUGUGAUUAAUUUCAUUUGAUGAUUAUAGUGCUAAACAGCUAAGCAAAACCAACAACAAAAAAGUCCUUUUGCUUCCAAAUGUAAUUAAUCAAAAAGUAGGAGGAAACAAAAUCAUUCAUCUCACCUGUUUGUGAGUUUCCAGCAGCCUAACCCUAGUGUAGCUCAUACAUGUGCUUCCAUUCUGAUGCCUUUUCAUUAUUACUGUUCAUCUCAUGAGGAGAAAGUUGUAUAUAUUGGCAACCAACCUCCAGUAUCAAAAGUUUGCUCUAGUAUAUGUAAAACUUACAAGGGAAUUUUUUUUUUUUUCUAGCUCCUUGCAGGAUUGCAUAGCACAACUUUCAAUACAACAUUAAUUUUUUCAGUUUGUCUCUAUUACCAGACAUUUCCAUGUAAACAGAAUCUUAACUCCAGAGGAGUUCUGCUCCUGCUGUGCAGUACUACAACCCAACAGUAUACAGUCUUUGAUUCAGCAGUUACUUAAUUUAACCUUUUUGGUGUGUUCUUGAAAUUGCCCCAGUGAAAUCACAGUAGACAUUCCUGUUUAAAUCCUAUAUACUACAAGUUUCAGUGAAAUAAAGCAGUGCACCGAGUUGACUUCCACAUGAAGAUCUAUGUGUGAAGCGAGAAUAUAAUUUUGAAUUUCUUUCUGUGGAUGUCCAACCGCAUGGGUGACAAGACAAGUAGAGAUGAGUCCUGUCACUGGAUAAAGCUGCAAGCUAGUGAGUGCUUUUGUUUUCAUUCUCAUACGAAUUUUGCACAGUGAGAGGAAGGAAGUGUCAUUCCAAAUAGUCAGUAUAGACACUGAUAAUUGUGAAAAUUUCCAUUGAAGCUAAAUUUGAUAUUAUUUUCAACUUGUAGUUUUCUGCCUAGAAUCUGUACUUUCAGGUAUUCUAGGCCAAUGCCUUUUCUUAGCGUAGAGAAACACCUAUGUAUCUUGGUAUUUAUCUGCAUAAAUUUUUUUAGGGAGCAAAAGUGUUUGAUUAUUCCUCUUUAAAGUAAAUAGCCCUGCUUUUUAAUCCUUUCUGUUAAAGCUUCCUGCUGUAAUUUUAGCACUGCAUUUCUGCCUCUUAAGUUAGGUAUGUUUGUUUGUGGCAUGAAAACAAGAAGCUUACAUUUGGAUUUGACCAUUUUUAUGUUUUUACUGAUUAUUUUACAGUGAAUAUCAUGUUACAAGUGUCCAGGACUGGGCUGCAAAAGAGUCUGACUUAGGUCUAUUAGCACCAAUAUUUAUUCAGAAGCUUUAAAUUUGUUUAUAUUAGACAGGAAUUUCAGCAAAUUGAAAUAGUGGUCAUUUAAAUUAAGAUUGAGAUAUGUAAAUAAUGAGUUUGCUCAAAAGUUGUUCUCUCUAUUUAUACACUCAAACGUAAUACAAAUUAAUCGCAAAAAUACCAUGUACUAACAUCUGGAAAAGCAAUGAAUUUUUAAUCUGCAACAUAAAAAUCUGAAUCCUUAUCAGCUAAAUACUAAAAAACUAGCUGACCCCACCAGCUGUAUGUUCACUCAACCUUUUGCACUAUCCUUCUGUUCGAGGAAAGAUGAAGCGGGUUUUCUUACGCGGUGAAAGAAAUCUUGCUGUGAAGACCUAACCUCAAACUUUUCAGCCCGUAAACACUGGGAUUUGUUCGAUGAUGUCAGGGUGGGCUGGAGGAAUUCUGCCUGCCCCUGGGUGAAGAGGCGUGGUGCCUGGAGGGGCUCAUGCCAAAUGAUGCUUCUUCCCCUUUGGUCAAGAAAUUAUUCCUUUUAAUUCCAUUUUUAACUUAUCUCUGUUCAGGUACAUAAUUCUAUUUAAUGUUUAUUGCCAAACUGAUUGUUUUCUAUUAAAAGUAUAUUUGUUACCCCCUU